CGAUCAGACUAACCUUUGCAAACAUUUCCUUAUAUAUAUGUAUCUAUAUAUAUAAUAUGUGUGUGUGUGUAUAUAUAUAUGAGUCUGGUCGCCACUUUCAAAGGCAUCAUCUUAUUGAGCAUGCUCAACACAAUGGCCUUUUCUUUGCUUAACUUUCAUACUUCCCUCUUAAUCAUCUCUUUCAUCUUCCUUCAAUUUCCAAUCACCAAUCCGCUUUCCUUCAGCAUCUCCCGGUUCGAUCCUCAAUCGGCGGACAUAAUCUAUGAGGGAGAUGCGAGACCGAACGUUGGAACUAUUGACUUCACAAGCCCCACGUACGCAUGCCAUGUAGGCCGGGCCACCUACUCAAAGAAGUUCCGGGUCUGGGACUCCAUCUCCAAGCAGACCUCUGACUUCACCUCCCGCUUCUCCUUCGGGAUUGACACUCAGAACCAAACCCAGUAUGGCGCAGGGCUUGCGUUUUUCCUCGCACCAGUAGGGUUCCAGAUCCCAGUCAAUUCGGUUGGUGGCUUUCUAGGACUCUUCAAUACAACGAACAGCGACUCGUCUCAGAACCGGAUUGUGGUGGUUGAGUUCGACACGUUCGUGAACCCUGAGUGGGACCCGUCCUAUCAGCAUGUCGGGAUCAACAAGAACUCGAUAUCUUCAGCUGUUACAACCCCCUGGAAUGCAAGCGUCCACAGUGGAGACACGGCUGAUGUGUUGGUUUCGUAUAACGCAACCACGAAGAACCUGACUGUUUCAUGGAGUUACCAUCUGACGGCAAGCCUUGGUGAGAAUACGAGCCUUUCUUACCCUAUCGACCUCAUGACCGUCCUACCUGAGUGGGUUGUGAUGGGCUUUUCGGCCUCCACUGGCUAUUACAUGGAGCGCCACCAGGUCUUGUCUUGGUCCUUCAAUUCCAACCUCCAUGACAAGGAAGAAAAGGCGGACCCUACAAGGGUAAAACUGGCUGUCGGAAUUGCGGUUCCAGUCGGAGUUCUUAUGGCCGGUGCCAUGGUGGUAGUUUUCGGGUUUAUGUGGAAGCGGAAGCGCAGAUUGGAGAGGAAGAAACAAACGUUGGCCGAGGAAAGGAACCUGACAUCGAUAAAUGAUGAGCUCGAGAGAGGAGCAGGACCAAGAAGGUUUUCCUAUGAAGACCUUGCUUCAGCCACCAAUAACUUCUCGGUCGACAGGAAGCUGGGCGAAGGAGGUUUCGGGAUGGUGUAUCGAGGAUAUUUGGUUAAUUUGGACAUGGUAGUUGCUGUGAAGAAAAUAUCAAGAGGGUCUAAACAAGGCAAAAAGGAAUUUAUCACCGAGGUGAAGGUCUUCAGUAGCUUGAGGCACAGGAACUUGGUACAGCUCAUAGGUUGGUGCCAUGAAGGGACCGAGUUUUUGCUCGUUUACGAGUUCAUGCCUAACGGGAGCCUCGAUUCUCACCUCUUCGGAAAGAGGAACCCCCUCAAUUGGGCGGUCAGGUAUAAGAUCUCGCUCGGUCUUGCUUCCGCGCUCUUGUAUUUGCACGAAGAGUGGGAGCAGUGCGUUGUGCAUAGGGAUAUUAAGUCAAGUAAUAUUAUGCUAGACUCCAGCUUCAGUGUCAAGCUCGGCGACUUCGGUCUUGCAAGGCUGAUGGACCACGAGCUGGGCCCCCAAACGACCGGGCUAGCUGGGACCUUUGGGUACCUGGCCCCGGAAUAUGUGAGCACGGGCAGGGCAAGUAAAGAGUCCGAUGUUUACAGCUUCGGGGUGGUCCUACUGGAGAUUGUCACCGGAAGGAAGUCAGUUGAUCCUUUUGAGCAGAAUGCUCACACCGGUCUUGUGGAGUGGGUGUGGAAUCUAUACGGAAACGGGAGAACUUUAUCGGCAGUCGACCAGAGGCUCCACAUGGAUUUCGAUGGGAAGCAGGCGGAGCGCCUGAUGAUCGUGGGUCUGUGGUGCGCUCACCCUGAUCGGGCCCUGAGACCAUCGAUCAGGCAAGCGCUUCAGGCUCUCAAUUUUGAGGUGGCGGUCCCUAGUCUUCCGCCCAACAUGCCUGUCGCAGUGUACCACAUACCAACGCCGUCGGUCAGCUCCGGCGAGCCUUUCAUCACCACAAGCAUGGAAGAGGGACGUUGAGCCAAUGUAGUAUACACAAGAUAAUAGAAAAUGCUCCAUGCGUAUAUUUGAUCUCAAUAGACUUUGCCUUUCUACGUGUUGGGAAAUUUCAAAUCCUGCAAUUGUAAUUUGAAGAGAAAUUCGCAAAUAGUGUGUUCAUAUUAUUUCUCAAUGUUAAUCGGAAUAAAGGUUAUAUACUCCUGUCAUUGAAUGUAAACUCUUAAUUAAACUGGUCCGGA